CUCCUGGUGUGGGAAUGUGGGUUUAGAGUAGCACUGAAGGAAUAGAGUUACACCACUAAGUGCAAGAAGCACGUAAAUCAUAAAUCGUCGCUUAACUGGUAGGGUAGUAUAGUAUAGAAGUAUGACAUAGUUUACUAUUGUUGUGUGAUAACAGUCAAAGUUAGCACAGGUAUGUUAUGUGCGCAGAAGGUAGAUAAGCUGCCUGUUUUGCUGUGUGCGCGUCUUUUGUUGGCUGCGCUUCACUCAUGCUGCUGCCGGGUCCAGCGCUCGGUAUGAGCAGAAUAAAAGUAUGCUAUGCUGCUACUCACCCUCUCGUGGAUUAGACAACAAUUGGCGACGAGCUGGACGUACACGAUCCACCAUCUCCGGGAAGAAUUCUCACGGCAGUACAGUAACAACUUCGAGGGAUAUGGCAACACGCAUUGCUCAAGAGCAAAAGAAAGCAGCGAUGGACUUCACAUCAAGGACGAGCUCAGAGGCACCUGCGAUCACGCAUCUUCAGGUCUCUCCUCUUCAAGUACACAGUUCGAGAUCGGCACAACAAGAGUUGAACCACAGUGCCAAAACGAGGCAUUAGUCACCACUGACGGUCGACCCACAGAGCAAUCUUCAGACCAGAGCGAGACUCACGUGGCAGCCGCAUGCAUCAACACUGGCCACUUGGAGGUUUAUGUCAAAACUCACAAAACAAAGACACUUACCUGCGACAAGUGUUCCGUGACAUUCCGUCAUGCAUCAACUCUGCGAGUGCACGCAAGACAUUGCACGGGACUGGGCUCGCAGAAGUCCAACGUGAGUGCACCUGCGUGCGCAUCGAGCGCACACGAGUACAGUCUCAGCCCUGCAGAGUCCAGCCACAGUAUGCGCCAGCAGCGUCGCAAGCUCAUGCACGUGGGCAAGAAGAGCUUCAGGUGUGAUCUCUGUGGUUUUGAGUUCAACAAGAGGUACAAGCUGCGCAAUCACAAGAAAGCACACAUGAGUGAGGGGCUAUACCAGUGCACCUUCUGUCCUGCACAGUUCAGGCAAAGCGCGAUGCUGAAGUAUCACAAGCAAAAACAUACAGGCGAGAAGGCCUAUAAGUGUGACCUCUGUCCUGCAGAAUUCAGUCAUAGCUCUAGCCUGUUGCGCCACAAGCGGACACACACGGGCGAGAAGCCCCAUAAGUGCGAUCUCUGUCCUGCAGAGUUCCACAAGAGGUACGACUUGCAGCGUCACAGGAGAACACACAUGGGAGAGAAGCCAUACAAGUGUGACGUCUGCCCUGCGGAGUUCAGCUGUAGCUCGAUGCUGUUGCGCCACAAGCGGACACACACGGGCGAGAAGCCCCAUAAGUGCGAUCUCUGUCCUGCAGAGUUCAACAAGAGGUACGACUUACAACGUCACAGGAGAACACACACGGGAGAGAAGCCAUAUAAGUGUGACGUGUGCUCUGCGGAGUUCAGCCGUAGCUCGGUGCUGUUGCGCCACAAGUUGUCGCACAUGGGCGAGAAGCCCCAUAAGUGUGAUCUCUGUCCUGCAGAGUUCAGUGAGAGGGCGGGCCUGCGGUCUCACAAGAAAGCACACAUGAGUGAGGGGCUAUACAAAUGCACCUUCUGUCCUGCAGAGUUCAGGCAAAGCACGACUCUGAAGUGUCACAAGCAAAAACAUACAGGCGAGAAGGCCUAUAAGUGCGACCUCUGUCCUGCAGAAUUCAGUCAUAGCUCUAGCCUGUAUGUCCACAAGCGGACACACACGGGAGAGAAGCCCCAUAAGUGCGAUCUCUGUCCUGCAGAGUUCAACAAAAGGUACGACUUACAGCGUCACAGGAGAACACACACGGGAGAGAAGCCAUAUAAGUGUGACGUCUUCCCUGCGGAGUUCAGCCGCAGGUUGAUGCUGUUGCGCCACAAGGGGACGCACAUGGGAGACAAGCCCCAUAAGUGUGAUCUCUGUCCUGCAGAGUUCAGCGAGAGGGCGGACCUGCGGUCUCACAGGCGAACACACACGGGAAAGAAGCCAUACAAGUGCAAUGUCUGCUCAUUGGAGUUCAGCCACAUGAAGAGGCUAUCAUAUCACAUGCGAAAACACACAGGCGAGAAGCCCUGUAACCCUGUAUCCACACGAGUCAGUUUUCUGCCGGCAGCAAGUCGGGAAGGAGUGAGAGGAUAUCCGAGAUAAACGAGGUCACUACGCGUCUGAAGACGCCCGCUCAUUCUCUAGCAUUCACACGAGUCAUUUUCCCGGCGGCUGUCAGUUUUCCGAUCCCUUCUGUAUUCACGAUUGCACAUCGUCUGUGUCUAGCGUAGGAUGGACCAAUGAUAGAAAAAAAACUUAUUGCGCUUGGGCUCCUUGUGAAUGAUUCAGAGUGCAUUCACAUGAGAAACGGGACAGGAUAUGGGCCAAAGAAUAGAUUCCGAAGAAGCGCUACGGAAUGUAAAACAGCAUUAACCCAAAUCUCGAUGUGGACGACCCAAACGCCUGUAUUUUGAGAAUAGACGCUGUCACAUUCGGUUUUAUUUUCCACUAAUGAAGCAUAUCUCGAUGCUGAGCAUCAAUAUAGGCGCGACAGCGUGCCGACAAGUGAUGGACUGGCGAUGAAGCUGUGGUGUCGAACUAUAGGUAGUCAAUAAUUAAUUUAAUUAAAUCAGAUCAACUUUUAUUUUCCUUUCGGUAGGACGAGUAGCUUCCAAUUAUUAUGUUUUUAUACAUGUAUUGGAAACGUGCAUGCGAACGAUUAUGUGUAGUCAACGUCUGUCCAGCGAAAGAAAUAUCCGCAUUUAUAAAAUUCAUGCUUGUAUUCCGAGUCUGUUUCGUCUUACGUAGAGAAAAAGCUUACUAUGCAACACAACAUUGUAGGUAUCUAUCUAUAUAUUGCAUAAUUGUUCCGAAGCUGCUGCGCCAGUGUGCCAUUGCACCACUUUCGCGGUAAAGCCAAGCAUCGUUUGCGUUCCAAUUCAGAAUUUGCCAUAGUACAGUGAAUGCCGUUGUAUGGAACACAUGCAGAACGAUUCUGAUGAAAUAAAAAGCAAGCACGAUAAGGAUCCGUUGCGUCACCUCCUCCUCCUGCCGACAGCAGACGCCGCCGGUCGUCAGAAUCUGUGCCGGGAGGACAAGAUAUCCAGCUGCCUUCGACUGCCGCUCCGGAGAUCAGAAAGUGGUGACGUGGCACCAGAGAGCGGUGACGUUCCCUGACGACUGAGCGUCAGCCGGCAGAAAACUGACUCGUGUGAAUACAGAGUAAGUGUGAUCUCUGUGCUGCAUGGUUCAGCCAGGGCACGAGACUAUAUCACAAGCGAAGACACACAGGUGAGAAGCCCUACAAGUGUGAUCUCUGUCCUGCAGAGUUCAUCGAGAGCACGAAGCUGCGUUAUCACAAGCGGAAACCCAUGAGGGAUGGGCCCUAGUAGUACUAUCCCUGUCCGGCAGAAUUCAGCCACUGCGCAGACCUGGUGCAAUACAAGCGGACACACAUGGACGAGUGUCUCUGUGCUAUAAACUUGAGGCAGAGCACAAACCUCCAGGGUUGCUGUAAGUGGACCUUCAUGGGCAUGAGGAAAUGCGACCUCUCUUUUGCAGAUUUCAGCCACAGCACAAACCCACACCAGCCGGAGGACCAGCACAUCGGGGACCUGUGGCCUAGUAAGUGAGCACAAUACACUUGGGACAGGAGCUGUACAAGUGCUGCCGAUUCUUUUCUGUUGGGUGUCCUCAACCUCAACACAGAUGGAGAAAGGACAGCAGGAAGGAGUGAGGGGCAGGGGUUUGUUAUACGUCCUGGACCGAGUUCAGGGCCCAAUAAAGCACAGAUGUCCUUUAGA